AUGACAACCGACAACAGCAUUCGAGACCAAGGGGACUCUUCACAGAGGACCUUCUUAGAUAGACGCGAUGUCGACAUUGAAGAGUAUGCGGACAUCAUUCCUGCGCGGUCCAAAACUGCCAAAGGAGAUGAUCCUGCACAUCCAGGCUUGACAAAGCUUCCGUCAGGAGUCCUCAACUUCCAGGACGACCCAGUUGCUCGCCAUCAAUCCAACGUGGAGGUACCUUACGAGAUCUACAAUCGCUUUUCGAAGCACCGCAAACAUGUGACUGUCGCCGUCAUUUCCUGGUGUGGUUUGUUAUCACCAAUUUCCAGUACGGCUGUCUUGUCGGCGCUUCCCGAAGUCGCAGCCGAGUACAAGACUACCGGAGACAUCAUCAGUCUUAGUAAUGCGUUGUAUCUCGUCUUCAUGGCUAUCAGCCCUUGCUUUUGGGGACCGUUGAGCCAGGUGUAUGGUCGAAAAUGGACGUGUAUGGUGACAUCGUCGCUAUUCUUGGGAUGUUCGAUUGGUACGGCUCUCAGCCCUAACGUUUCCGCCUUUUUUGUGUUCCGCAUCCUCACUGCCUUUGCCGGAACAUCAUUCCUCGUCACUGGUCCCGCUGUAAUUGGCGACUUGUAUCAUCCUACAGAGCGUGCCACUGCGAUGGGUUGGUUCUUGUCCGGCACACUCAUAGGGCCGACGAUCGGACCAGUUCUUGGCGGCAUCAUUGUGACCUACACAUCCUGGCGCGCCAUCUUUUGGCUUCAGACCGCUCUUGCUGGUGUUGGCGUCGCGGGUGCUCUCUUUUUCAUGCCGGAAACGUUGCAGGAACUUAAAAAGGCAGGCCUGGAAGGGCUCGCUUUCAGUCAAAAGGUCAGCGUGUUAUGGGGUAUGACGAAUCCUGUCCGAGUUAUUCGACUCUUCAAGUUCCCAAACCUCAUAUUGGUGGCGAUUGCCAGCGGCUCGCUCGUAUGGAACAUGUACGGCAUGCUGACGCCUAUCCGAUACGUCCUCAACCCGCGGUUUUCUCUGACAUCGCCGGCACAAUCGGGCCUCUUCUACUUGGCGCCGGGCUGCGGCUACCUUGCCGGCACCCUCGUCGGUGGACGCUAUGCCGAUUACACGGUUCGCCGCUGGAUAGCUGAACGGCACGGACGCCGCAUCUCCGAGGACCGGCUGCGCUCGUGCAUCCCUUUCUUGGGCGCCGCCUUGCCGGGAUGCAUGCUCAUCUACGGGUGGACAGUCGAGCGUCGCGUUGGCGGCGUUGCGGUGCCUGUCGUCUUCAUGUUCCUCGGGGGCGUAUCGCAGCUCUUUUGUUUCCCGAGUUUAAACACCUACUGCUUGGACGUGAUACAGGGACGCAGCGCAGAGGUGAUUGCGGGCAACUUUAUGGUGAGAUAUUUAUUUGGUGCCGCUGGAUCGGCUGUUGUCCUUCCAGCGAUCAAGGUCAUUGGGGUUGGAUGGUUCAGCACCAUUUCUGCUGGCUUCUUGGUGAUCGGGGCUAUAAGCGUUUGGGCUGUCGCACUCUGGGGUAGAAGCUGGCGCCAUCGCAUUGACGAGAAGUCGAGACCAUCUGUGCUAUGA